AUGGCUGGAGUUAUCGGCUCAAUCGGUCCCUUUGAUGAGAGCACCGAGCAGUGGAGCUCUUACACGGGGAGGUUCGACUACUUUGUACUGGCUAAUGGAAAAAUCCGUCUGAACUGGCAAGAGAUACGGAAGCUGUCACAGGAGUCCUCCAAGCUGCAGGCCAUACUGGAAAAGAAUGAAGAGGUUUUUCGGGACGAGUUAGACAGCAUGAAAGAUAUAACAGUGAAACUGCAUAUAAUACCUGACAGUAAACCUGUGUUCUUGAAGCCCAGACCUGUGCCAUUUGCUAUCAGACCUAAAGUGGAGGCUGAUUUGGAUGCUUUGGUCAAAAAUGGGGAUUUGGAACCUGUGAAGACCAUUUCCACAGGAAACGUCUUCGUGGUGAGCCUGGCCUUCGCUGACCUGGUGGUGGCGUUCUAUCCUUACCCUCUGGUGUUGUACGCCCUGUUCCACGACGGCUGGUCCCUUGGGGACACACAGUGUAAGGUGAGCGGCUUCUUCAUGGGCCUCAGCGUCAUCGGCUCGAUCUUCAACAUCACAGGCAUCGCCAUCAACCGUUACUGCUACAUCUGUCACAGCUUCAGCUACGACAAGCUGUACAGCUACAGGAACACGCUGCUGCUGGUGGCACUCAUUUGGCUGCUCACCGUCAUCGCCAUCGUGCCAAACUUCUUUGUGGGCUCGCUGCAGUACGACCCUCGUAUCUACUCCUGCACGUUUGCCCAGACCGUCAGCACCGCCUACACCAUCACCGUGGUCAUCGUCCACUUCUUUGUUCCCAUUGCCGUGGUCACGUUCUGCUACCUGCGGAUCUGGAUCCUGGUCAUCCAGGUGAGACGCAGGGUGAAGUCGGAGGUGUGCCCCCGCAUUAAGCCGAGCGACCUGAGGAACUUCAUCACCAUGUUCGUGGUGUUUGUGCUGUUUGCGAUCUGCUGGGCGCCUUUAAACUUUAUCGGUCUCGCCGUGGCGAUCAACCCAGACGCCGUGGCUCCCCGCAUUCCUGAGUGGUUGUUUGUAGUCAGCUACUUCAUGGCGUACUUCAACAGUUGCCUUAAUGCCAUCAUCUACGGACUGCUGAACCAGAACUUCCGCAGGGAGUACAAGCGGAUCGUCAUGUCCGUGUGGAUGCCUCAACUGUUCUUCCAGGAGACGUCGAGGGGCGGCACCGAGGCCAUGAAGAGCAAACCAUCGCCAGGACUGAACAACAACGAGCAGCUGCAGGGAGAGUCUCUGUGA